CCGGAUUACACAAAGGGAACACACCAAGCUUCAGCCGACAUGGCGUCGUCCUACGUGGAAGCAGUGCAAGACAUUAGCAGUCUCAUCGACACAAUCUGCAGUGGGGAAGUGUCCAACCCCGACUGGAUUAACAUCUUGGAGCUCUGUGACUUGGUGACAAGCUCGUCCACACAUGCCGAACAAACGACGCGGAGUCUCCAACGUGUGUUGGGCCAUCGCCAGCAUGACGAAAACAGCAUCUCCCUGGCGCUCCUCGUGACCGAAUCGGUCCUGAACAACUGUCCUGGGUUCUACAAUCACCUCGCGUCUCGGCUGUUUCUCCAGGAAGUGGUGGCGUUGGUCGACCACUCGUCCCCAGCCGUGCAAGAACGCGCGACCCGCAUGUUGCAAGAUUGGGCAGCCAACUACCCCGACCAAUCCAUCUUUCGCGACACGUACCAGCAGCUACGGGUACAAGGCGUGUCAUUUCCGUCGACCCCUGCAUCUCCCUCCUCGAUCACCAGUCGAGACUUUGCCGCCAGCGUUCUUCCCGCCACGGCCAUCGACGAAGCCAAACCCGUGGCCACCAUGUCCCCCAGCCUGGCCGCCGAGUUUCAAAAGCUCCACCAAGACCUCGUUACCGUCCAAGAAAAGAUUCAAACGUAUCAAACUUUAGUGGCUCUUGGUGCCCGUGGCGACGACGACAACCACGACGUCGAGGACGUGCUGGACUUUUUGCAGCAGUGCCAGCCGCGCAUGAACUCGCUCAUCGAGGCCGGCCUGGCCGGCAAGUUGGACGAGCGUACCCUCGAGAUCUGCUUGACAGUUUGCAAUGUCCAGUCCUCUAUACAGGAGCUAAAGCGGGUGUGUUGUAGGUGAACGAUCGCCUCAUUUGCGUGUUGGAAGGCAGCAGUGUGGAUAACGAAAGCAAGCCAGCGUCCACAACCUAUUUAGCUGGCCCCGUGGCUCGCUUGACAAGUAGUACACCGUCGGCUUCAUUGUUUGGUCACGCUGACGCUGGUACGUACCCUCUCUUUCCUAUGUAGCCUAUAGUAUCCGGAUAACCAAGUGUUGUUGUGCGUAGUGUAAGUUGCACUUGGUAUAGUAGUGAAAUAAACUACAUGGAGUAUGUAUUUGCUUGUAGUACUC